CGGCGGGACAACCGUCAAAGUAAAUGUCCGCUUUCUGAUUUAUUUCCAUUUCCCUCUGAGGGAAGUUGGGGCGUUUGUGAAGCGUCUCCUGCGGCCGGAGUCUGAUGUGUCGCUGAGAGGUAACAAAUGACGAGGAAUUUAUCUACCGGAAUCUUGAACACAACAUGCCAGUUUUGCUGUCCUUGUCCAGAUAUUUAAGAAGUGGAGCAAGGGAUUCACUUGAUCGCCCGCCCGUUCAGACUGUGGGGAGGGAUUCACUCAGUCAUUUCAACUGAAGAUAUAUCAGCAAGUUCACACCAGACAAGGCCAUUCAUUUGUUCUGUGGGUGAGAAGGCAUUCAGUUGCUCAUCCCACCUGUGGACACACCAGUCAGUUUACCCUGGGCAGAGGCUGGUCAUCUGCUGAAUUUGUGGGAAAGGAUUCACUCGGUCAUCUGACACAAUGGCUCACCAGCGUGUUUACACCGGGGAGCGGCCGUUCACCUGCUCAGACUGUGGGAUGGAAUUCACUGAGUCAUCCAACCUAAUGGUACAUCAGCGAGUUCACACUGGGGAGAAGCCGUUCACGUGCUCAGUCUGUGGGAAGAGAUUCACUUGGUUAUCCACACUACAGAGUCAUCAGCGAGUUCACACUGGGCAGAAGCCAUUCACCUGCUCAGUCUGUGGGAAAAGAUUCACUGAUUCAUCCACCGUACAGAGUCAUCAGCGAGUUCACACUGGGGAGAAGCCGUUCACCUGUUCAGAAUGCGGGAAGGGAUUCACUCAGUCAUCCAAACUACAGAUUCAUCAGCGAGUUCACACUGGGGAGAAGCCAUUCACCUGCUCAGAAUGUGGGAAGGGAUUCACUCAGUUAUCCACCCUGCAGAGACAUCAGCGAGUUCACACUGGGGAGAAGCCGUUCACCUGCUCAGUCUGUGGGAAGAGAUUCACUGAUUCAUCCAACCUACAGAGACACCAGUUAGUUCACACAGGGGAGAAGCCAUUCACCUGCUCAGAAUGUGGGAAUGUAUUCACUCGGUCAUCCCAACUACUGGCACACCAGUCAGUUCACACUGGGGAGUGGCCGUUUACCUGCUCAGAAUGUGGGAAAGGAUUCACUCAAUCAUCCACCCUACUGACACAUCUGCGAGUUCACACUGGGGAGAAACCGUUCACCUGCUCAGAAUGUGGGAAGAGAUUCACUCAGUCAUCCAACCUGCAGAGACAUCAGCGAGUUCACACUGGGGAGAAGCCAUUCACCAGCUCAGAAUGUGGGAAAGGAUUCACUCAGUCAUCCAACCUACAGAAUCAUCAGCGAGUUCACACUGGGGAGAAGCGAUUCACCAGCUCAGAAUGUGGGAAAGGAUUCACUCAGUCAUCCAACCUACUGGCACACCAGUCAGUUCACAAUGGGGAGUGACCAUUGUUAUGAAUCCCUAGAUUUCAUUUGCUGUGGACUGUCAUUUUGAGAGAGAGAGAGAGAGAGAGAGAGAGAUUAAGAAUGGAAAUCAGUCUGACUUGCAGCUUGUUUCCAUCGCUCACAGCUUGUUUAGUUUUAACCGAGGACACAGACACUCAGAGUCAGACGGAGAUGAAGGAGGAUAAAUGGAAGGAUCGAAACAAGGGAACUAGUGGCCAAGGGUCACUGUUUAGAACUUUCCUAUGCCCAUAAGGGUGGGUUAAUUAUCGAUUCAGCGAACAUCGAAUAUGAGGUUGUCACCUCGUUUGAUCCAUACGAGUGGAUCUGAUUUGGGGUAUCCUGUGAAGACCACUUAUGUGUUAACCCUUGCCUGGCUGUGGUGUGGAAAUUCACUUGAAGACGAUACCCCUUGUGACAAGUCACUUUCAGUGAUAAUUUGUAUGUGGAUUUGGAACAACGACGGAUAAAAUCUACAGCGACUGUUCCUUUUGUUUUACCACCGUGGAAACUGUGGAAUUCGACAUAAUUGCCUUCUCUUGACAUUUACCCAGGAUUACAAAUAUCUCUCUCUCCUCAACUAUUCUGUGGUUGAACUGAACUUUCAUAGUUCACCAUCUCAAGACUCCAAGCCUUGUUUCCCCUGAGCUCAAUAGUUUGGGAGUUAUAUUUACACACAAAUACACAUAACACUGUUAACUUUUGUUUAUCUUGCUUAAAUUACUAUAUUGUUAGUAGAUACCA